AAAACCUCUGCCUCACAGUACUGGGAAGCAGCGAGGAUGAUGUGUCUCCCAAAGAUCUUUCUGUCACUUUGGCAAAAGAAUUCCGGUACUACGUAUGAUGCUGACCCAGUAGGUAGUACGAGUUUCAUCUCGGUAUUAUACUGACGACCUAGUAGAAGGUUGAUGAGGUAGUUGAUAUUUCGUCUUCAAAUGCUUCUAAAAGUAGGUUCAUCGUUGGUCGUCGCCCGACGCCUUUUUAUGGAAGAUGAGCCAGGACCAGACUUGUUUAUUCCGAUCGUCCACGUCCAUGUCCAAUCCAUCCUGUGUGUCAUAAGUCAUGUGCUUCAGGUCUCUCCAGUCUGAGAUGGAGACCUUACGUGCGUCGUCCGAAGAAGAGCGCGAGCGCUACGCUCAGAAAGAGGCUGCAUGGCAAGUAGAUUAAGGCGGGUUGUACUAGUAAUAGGGUCGUCCCUAUUAAUUUGUUAUUGUUUUUGAUGUCAUGGUGCGUCCAUAUUUGUUAGAUUAUACUUAAGCGUGAACGAGAACGUAGAUGUAUGUAUGAUCCAGAAAUGAAUGCCGUGGAAUUAUAUUUCAGAAAAAAUUCAGGGUUGCAGGUAGAUGGGACGAUGCAGGAUGCACUAGUAAACGUCGAGUGUCACGGUUGAGUGUCACUGAUGAAAAACUGAAAAAACUCUUACUUCUUCUUUUAAUUAAAAUAGAUCUAACUAAAGUUGGAUCAAAUGCGUGAUUUGCUGACCACUUUGAACCAAACGGAACGUGAAUUGACGCAAUUGUUGAUGAGUUCCGUUAAUGAGCAGGAAGAUUCAGGUGGACAACCUCAACAUGAGCAGGAAGAUUCAGGUGGAAGACCAUUUUACGGGAGGUUUUUGUUCUAGUUCUAUUAAGAUGUUUUGCGAUAAGAUGGUUUUCUUCAGGAACGAUUUUUGGCAGCGCUAAGGUAUUUAUUUCAGGCCUCUAGUACAGAGGAGGUCAAGAGUUGUUCUUGACCACAACUUGUUUCAGGCGGUCACAUCAUGCGGUGACCUACUAGGAAGCUCUUCUUCUAAGCAUCAGACGAAAGCGAAAGAGUUACGCUUCAAAACGAGGAGUUUGCAAGCAGGAGUGCAGAGGAGUCUAAAGCAACUUUAAGGAAACAGGAGUCUAAAGCUAGCUUGAAGUUAAAAAGUAGUAAUCGACUUCUUGGUGACGAGGACAACGGACUCCGUCUACUAGUACAACAUCAGGGAGCUGCUCAACCAGGGACGGCAAGUCGAAGUCCCGGUCGUGAGGAGAUUAUGAAGAUUCUACUUGUAAUUAUCGAAAUUGUAGUUCUAACAGUAAGUAAGUCUAAGCUCCUAGUACCUGUGAAGAUUUUGUUCAGCUAGUAUCUUACUAAAGCAGUAGUUGUAAGGUUCGACUUUUUCAUAUGUCUGCAGAAGUCAAGUGGCGCAAAACGUGUUUCGUCGUCGGAGAUCAUGAGAAAGUAGAGGAACGCGACAAGUUUACUAAGGCUAGACUUCUAACUCUACCAAGCGUUGCCAUUCACCGGAUCGUAUCGAGUCACCUGUUCCAGCGCCUAGAGAUGAACGUAGUCAGCGCUUAGACGAC